AUUUCUUGUAUUAAGUGUUUAGACAGAGAUUCCUCAUUAUAUUUUUAUAUGGAUAACAAAAUUAAUUGCUGCUUUGUAAAUAAUUAUGGAGCUUGUUAUAAACAACCAUAUACUCAAGAAAGAAAUCUGAUUGAAGAUAUUGACAGCAAUGAUCGUAAGCUACUUGGAAAAUGAACAAAUCUGAAACAAGAACAAAUUACUAAUAUAUGCACACACCAUCAUGAUAUGUUAGUUGUAAGAUAUGAGGGUAAUCAGAAAAGUUGCUGUAAUCCAUUUCUGAGUCACCAAAAGGUGUGUAGAGAAGCAGAAACCAUAGGUUUAAAUCUUAUACCUGGAAAAAAACUGUGUCCAACCUGUCGAAGUAAAGUUAUGACAUGUUUAUCAAAAAGUAUAAGUGAAAAUAAAAAUGAUGGAGAUUUUGAUAUUGUUAAUGAAAAAUCCAUUCAAAAUAAAAAAGAAAGUGUAGAUACACACUUUGCAUCUGCCGGAGUAUCUCCAAUUAAGGUCAAAGGAUUGCACAAGUCAGGUAAAAUCAGAGAAGGUAAACGAAAAUUGACAGCAUUAACAACCUCCAUUAAAAAAAAGGUAGCCAUUUCCCUUAAUAUAUAAGAAGAAAGUUUUGAAGAACAGUCAAGUUUUAAUAAUGAGUAUAUGGAAAAAGCAAACUUGUUUGAUUACAUGAUGGUAUUGUUAACUAACAAAAUUGUAGAGUCUACAUCAACAUCAAAAAAAGUACAAUUUGCGACACUUGCUUCAACAGACUGGUCAAUAAAAAAGGUAUCUGAAACAUUGCAUGUAACAAACUAUGUAGCUUGAACUGCACGUAAGUUAACAUUAGAAAAAAGUAUUUUAACCAUGCCUAAUCCUAAAUUAGGAAAAGCUCUUCCUGAUGUAACAGUUCAACUGGUCAAGACC